AGUAAUACUUUUGGCUUGAACAUGAUUACUUAGAAGUGUAAUGUAAAAGAUAUAAUUAUUUAAUUUCAGUUGUAAUUCUCUGAUUAUUUUAAUGUAGUCAAAGUGCUAUUUUUUAGUUUGUGUACUUGUAGUGUUUUAUUUUAAUCAUGGCUUCUACGAAAAUUAUAAAAGCAAGUAGAUUUCUCGCUUCCUUAGCUGAUAAACAAGCACCCUGUGCAUUUUGCCGACGAAUGGUGGACGAAGAGACAACCUAUGGUAAAUUGUACAGAAUAGGUGAUAUUCAUUGUCAUUACUUUUGCGUGCUGCUAUCUUGCUGUCUAAUACAGAGGGGUAAAGACGAAGACGGUCUCUUCGGAUUCCUGUAUCCAGAUAUACUGGCUGAAAUUGAAAGAAGUAAAAAACAUAAAUGUUCGUACUGUAGUCGUGAGGGUGCCACAUUGGGCUGCAGCGUGUCUCAGUGUAGAAAACAGUUUCAUUUGCCAUGUGGGAGGGAAAAGCAGGCAGUUUCAUUGUUUUAUGGGAAUUAUAAAUCAUUCUGCAAGGAUCACGCUCCGAAGCAGAAAAUAGCAGAUACAGUCAUGGCCAAGGCGAGAGUCCGUAUGUCAAUUCAUAACAAAUUGAAGCGAGAGAAACGACAAAAUUCAAAGAAAAUUAAUAAGAAAAUCAAAUGCGAGACAGAAUGUCAAGAGACCGUGGAAUCGGUCUGUGUGAUAUGCUAUGAGUCGGUGGACGGGUUUCCAACUAAUCAGACGUUCUGGCCUCCGUGCUGUGGGAGGGAUGCGUGGUUUCAUAGAAGUUGUUUGGAGCGUAUGGCUCUGAGUGCUGGUGUCCAUUACUUGAAGUGUCCGCUGUGUAACGAUAAAGAUCACUUCUACAAAGCAGUGCUGGACCAAGGAUACUACAUACCGGAUAGGGACGCGGCCUGGGAGUUGGAACAGAAUGCUUUCUCGGAUAUAUAUGAACGUGCCGUUGUGUGUUCAGUUGAAGACUGCAAGUGUCCGAUGGGGAGAGAAUACGACGCUGACUCUGGGGCGUGGGACAUCUCGCUGUGCUUGCUGUGCGGCGGCGCGGGUGCGCACGCGCACUGCGGCCGCACGCCGCGCGUGUGCGCCGCCUGCGCGCCCGCGAUGCCCUCCCCGCAGGCGCUGCACGCCCUCGCGCGAGUGCCCCUUCCAUCUCAGAGUGGUAACACGCAGAGACGUCGGGUCGGUCCAGUGAUGCCGAGUCGGAUGUCAUUGAGACGGACCAAAGCAAGAUCUACGCUAUAUAAUUCGUCAACAUCGAAUUCUACGAGGAGCGAUGGAGAUAAAUCAGUUACUGAAAUCAGCCGUCAAGAACUCAACUUAAAAGCUCCAAGAGGAAGAAUUUCAGAACACUCACCGCUAAAGAGUGUUGAGAACAAACUAUUGUCACCGUUGAAGUUGUUGAAUAGAGAUUUGUAUGAUAAGUUGAACGAGAAGAGCCUUGUCCUCGAUCAGAAUGUUCUAGAAGAAGUGCGGCACAAGUUCAAACGUCCCAAGCCUUUGGUUGUUAAGAAGAAAAUUAUCAACGAGAUUCUGGAACGCUUCAUUAAUAACAUAUCAAAAGAAAGUACUAAAACUAAAGAAUCAAUACGGGAGUGGAACUCUCCGAAGAAAUUACACGAUGAAGGACAUACUUUAGAGGAGAAUAUGCCAGAUAUAUCAAAGACUGAAGCGACAGAACCGGAUAUAACCGGUGCGGAAACAAAAGAUGAAUUAACUAUAGAAGUAGAGGUCAACGAGAAUUCGCUGGCCGAAGACGAUGACUCCAACAGCACAUUUCAACUGCCAUCGGAAUUCAUAGCGGACUACAACAGCGAUCAAAGCUUGCCAAUAUUCGAUACACCGAAGAAAUUGAAGAAAAUCAACAUCGAAAACGAUUUGAUUGAAAUAUCAGAGAAUGACCAAAUUAUCAACAUUGAUCUGAUCAAAACUGAAAAUGAUGGCUGUCUGAAAAAUGUCUCGAUGCCGGAGAAAACUGAAAAGUAUGCAUUUAAGUUCAGCACGUUCGAUAAGGAAGUUUUAGAGAAAAAUAAUUUGGAUAUUGACAUUGAAACGUUCAAAAAUCAGUAUUUAAGUGAAGUCGAUAGACAGUUUAAGGAUUCCAAACAGAAACACAAGUUAAAUGAUUUCAAGAAAGAACUGUGUGAAAAUGAUGAAUCGAAUUCGAAAAAGCCGCCAAAACGCAAACGUUCAACGAACAGUGUUGCCAGUAAACGACGUAAAACUACCAAAAUGGUAGAAAAUAGUAAAUCCGACAAGGAAGUCGAAAAGAAAAGGCGUAAAUCAAAAACGCAUCUCUCAAUCCGUAAUAAGAAUAUAAAUUUGAAAAUCAGGUUCAAGGAUGAAAAAUUGAAAUUGAAGAUAUCGAAACGCAAGAAGAAAAAUAAGAAAUUGAACAAGGAUUCUCCGAAAGUGUUGAGACAGUAUGUCUUGAAUUGCUUGGACAAUGUGAUAAGCCGGCCCGAUAUUGAUGUGGUCCCCUUGAAAAAGCAUCAAAUCAAAACCGAAAAGGUAUCGGAUAAUUUGAAACAGACGUCAUUAGAUAGUUUCUUUAAAAUAAAACUAUAAAUUUGAUAUUGUUGUAUAAACAAUCAAAUCUCAACAAGAAGAAGAAGUUGCUUGGUGGUAGAGCUUAGUGCGUCUGGGUAGGUGAGCCAGUGUUACUACAGGCACUACGUCCCUUAAUGUUUUAGUUCCUUAGGUUGGUAGUACAUCGACGGUGUAAGGAUUGGUUAAUAUUUCUUACAGCGCCAAUGUUUGAACAGUUGUGAUCGCUGACCAUCAAGUGGUUCAUUGUCAAUGCUGCUCACAUUUUUUGGAUUCACUUUCUUUGGUCGCAUUGCUCAUGAAAUCCUUAAUAUUUUAUUAAUGUUUCAUAGGUUAACAAAAUAACUCAGGAUAAAACUUUAUCUUACCUGUAUGAAUUUCAAGACCGGCUGCUAGUAAUGUACUUAACUUUACUAAUGAUAAUGUUUAGUAUAUUGAAUAUUAUGGUACACUUUGUACGUAAUAAUAAAAAAUGGCAGAUCCAGAUUUGUCGUUGGGCCCACGUGAAGUGUGGGGGUAUGUAUGGUAUGUGGUAAAGUAGAUGUGACUAAGUACACCGGAAUACCUACUAAAAAACCAGCGGUACUCACUCCCUAUCUUAAGAGGGUGGCAUCGAUUCGCUUUCGCAAGUCCAUGACGCCCUGCCGAAAAUCCGCUCCCAAACCAAGCUUGACCCCAAUAAUGGUAGAUUUAAGUAACAUUUGCCUCACUUCACUAAGAUUUGUCACAGAAGAACAUCAAUGCUUUUUUGGGCCUGAGUCCCUUUCUGUAUUGUUGUUUCAUUAAAUGUAUCUCUUGUUGAAUGUCGAUCAAAAAUUAAUAUCUUUGAUAAAGUUCGGUUAUUUAAAAUUUUGCAUGUGUAGAGCUUUGAGUAUAGAAUUAUUGGUCCAGCGGACAACCUUUUAUUUCUGAAAAUCUGUUUGUUUCAUUGUUUAAUCCUAAUUCGUUAUAUGUUAAUAAGAGCAAUACCAUAUGUUUAUCACAAUAAUUAUACUUAAAUAUAUAUAUAUAUAUAUAUAUGUAAGUAUGUUCGCUUUAAAUUUUGUAUUAAGUUUUAAUACUGUAACUAUUUUUUAUUACAUAA